AACAGACAGUCACAACUCAGUACGAGGGAGCUGUGUGAUUGAUUAAACCACCCAUAAUUUACGCCCUUUUUUAUCCCUUAAAAAAAAGUCAAAAAAAAUCCAAAAAAGCAAAGAAAAAUCUACAAGUAUUAAUAAAAUUACACAUUACACAAAAUAGAGUGACCAACCAAGCAUUAAUUACGGAAGAAAAUAAACUCCUUUUUCCCUCUUUAUAAGUAGUCUUGCCACUCCUUUGCUCACACCACCUCAUACUCUCUACACAACACAAACUACUUUCCCACUACUUCCCCUUUAUUUCUUCCUAAUGGCCUCUAUUAUCCUACCUUUGGUUUUCUCUCUAUGUUCAUAUUUUGCUCUAGUCCAUGCUAGGAUCCCUGGUGUUUUUACCGGGGGCAGCUGGCAAAGCGCUCAUGCUACCUUUUACGGUGGCUCUGACGCUUCCGGAACUAUGGGGGGUGCUUGUGGUUACGGAAACUUGUAUAGUCAAGGGUACGGGGUGAAUACGGCUGCACUCAGUACCGCCCUGUUCAACAGUGGCCAGAGUUGCGGGGCGUGCUUCGAGCUCAAGUGUGCUGAUGACCCGCGCUGGUGCCACCCAGGAAGCCCUUCCAUCCUCAUCACCGCCACCAAUUUUUGCCCGCCAAAUUACGCGUUGCCUAGUGAUAAUGGCGGUUGGUGUAACCCACCUCGCCCACAUUUCGACCUCGCUAUGCCAAUGUUUCUUAAGAUUGCUGAAUAUCGUGCCGGCAUUGUACCUGUUGCCUUCCGCAGGGUUCCAUGCCGAAAGAAGGGUGGUAUUCGAUUCACCAUCAACGGUUUCCGAUACUUCAACUUGGUGCUAAUCACCAAUGUCGCGGGUGCCGGUGAUUUGGUAAGGGCGAGUGUCAAAGGAUCAAAGACUGGAUGGAUGAGUAUGAGCCGUAACUGGGGUCAGAAUUGGCAAUCCAACUCCGUACUUGUUGGUCAAGCACUUUCAUUCCGUGUUACGGCUAGUGACCGUAGAAGUUCAACCUCUUGGAACAUUGCCCCUCCUAAUUGGCAAUUUGGUCAAACAUUCAUUGGCAAAAACUUUAGGGUCUAAUAAAGUCUUAAUAGUAUUUGAAAUACCAAUUGUACCCCUAUUAGUUGUCAAUUUUCUUUUAUUUUUCUUCCCUUAAUUUGAGGGAAAUGGGAGGAAAACUUGGGGGUGUUUUUGUCUUUUGAUAGUCAAGUGUCUUUUUGACUUUGUAGGUGUGAUUGGAAAAGAAUGAGUUUGGGAAAAUUGUAAAAAGUCGAAGCGGCUAAAAGAAAUGGUGAUGAAGCCCGCGACUUUGCUUAUACUAGUUUGUGUUAUAGUUGACUAAUAUAUGAAUACAAGUAUUUAAUCUUAGCUUA